AUGGAAUCAGAAAGAAGCAGAAGGAUGGGAAAUGCCUGCAUCCCCCUGAAAAGAAUUGCUUAUUUCCUAUGCCUCUUUUCUGUGGUGUUGCUGACUGAGGGGAAGAAACCAGCGAAGCCAAAAUGCCCUGCCGUGUGUACUUGUACCAAAGAUAACGCUCUAUGUGAGAAUGCCAGGUCCAUUCCGCGCACCGUGCCUCCUGACGUUAUCUCACUAUCCUUUGUGAGAUCUGGUUUUACUGAAAUCUCAGAGGGGAGUUUUUUAUUCACACCAUCGCUGCAGCUCUUGUUAUUCACAUCCAACUCCUUUGAUGUAAUCAGUGAUGACGCUUUUAUUGGUCUUCCACAUCUAGAAUAUUUAUUCAUAGAAAACAACAAUAUCAAGUCCAUUUCAAGACAUACUUUCCGGGGACUCAAGUCUUUAAUUCACCUGAGUCUCGCAAACAACAAUCUCCAGACACUCCCAAAAGAUAUUUUCAAAGGCCUGGAUUCUUUAACAAAUGUGGACCUGAGAGGGAACUCAUUUAAUUGUGACUGUAAACUGAAGUGGCUGGUCGAAUGGCUCGGCCACACCAAUGCGACCGUGGAAGACAUCUUCUGCGAAGGCCCCCCAGAAUAUAAGAAACGCAAAAUCAAUAGCCUCUCCCCCAAGGAUUUUGACUGUAUCAUUACAGAAUUUGCAAAAUCCCAAGAUCUACCUUAUCAGUCACUGUCCAUAGACACCUUUUCCUACAUGAAUGAUGAGUAUGUGGUCAUUGCUCAGCCUUUUACUGGAAAAUGCAUUUUCCUGGAAUGGGACCAUGUGGAGAAGACCUUCCGGAAUUAUGACAACAUUACAGGCACGUCCACUGUGGUGUGCAAGCCUAUAGUCAUUGACACUCAGCUCUAUGUCAUUGUGGCCCAGCUGUUUGGCGGCUCUCAUAUCUAUAAGCGAGAUGGUUUUGCAAACAAAUUCAUAAAAAUCCAGGAUAUCGAAGUCCUCAAAAUCCGAAAACCCAAUGACAUCGAAACAUUCCAGAUCGAAAACAACUGGUACUUUGUGGUUGCUGACAGUUCCAAAGCUGGGUUUACCACCAUUUACAAGUGGAACGGAAACGGAUUCUACUCCCACCAGUCCUUACACGCCUGGUACAGGGAUACCGAUGUGGAAUACCUAGAAAUAGUCAGACCACCCCUGACCCUCCGAACACCUCACCUAAUUCUGUCCAGUAGUUCCCAGCGCCCUGUCAUUUACCAAUGGAGCAAAGCAACACAGCUAUUCACUAACCAAACUGACAUCCCCAACAUGGAGGACGUGUACGCGGUGAAGCACUUUUCUGUAAAAGGUGACGUGUACAUCUGCUUGACCAGAUUCAUCGGCGACUCCAAAGUCAUGAAGUGGGGUGGCUCCUCUUUCCAGGACAUUCAGAGGAUGCCGUCGCGGGGCUCCAUGGUGUUCCAGCCCCUGCAGAUAAAUAAUUACCAAUACGCCAUCCUCGGAAGCGAUUACUCCUUUACGCAAGUGUAUAACUGGGACGCGGAGAAAGCCAGAUUUGUGAAGUUUCAGGAAUUAAACGUUCAAGCCCCCAGAUCGUUCACACACGUGUCCAUCAAUAAGCGCAAUUUCCUUUUUGCUUCCAGUUUUAAGGGGAACACACAGAUUUACAAACAUGUCAUAGUUGACUUAAGCGCAUGA